CUCGCUUUUACCAAUCCACGCACUAUUACAAGCGAAAAACUAGUAUUUAACCCCACUACUAUCCCCUCUUCUUCCUUAGCAACAUUUUCAAGUUGCAAAAACACACAACAUACAUCAAAUAAACAGAGACUAUAUCUUCAAUUUAAAAAACAUGCAAAAGCAGCUACUUUCUAUGUCAAAAUCGGUUCAAAAUGAGCCGAUAGUCAUCAUUUUUACGUUGUUCAUAACAUCUCUAUUCUUAAUAAGCCUCAUCAAAAGGCUUAGGAGAAAACCAUACCCACCGGGUCCAAAGGGUCUACCCAUAAUUGGCAACCUGAUGAUGAUGGACCAACUUACCCACCGUGGGCUAGCCAAACUAGCCCAACGUUACGGUGGGCUUUUUCACCUCAAGAUGGGUUUUGUUCACACAAUUGUAGUAUCCAGCCCGGAGUGGGCCCGUCAAGUCCUUCAAGUCCAAGAUAACAUCUUCUCGAACCGGCCCGCCACCAUUGCUAUCAGCUACCUUACUUAUAAUCGCGCUGACAUGGCUUUCGCACACUACGGCCCGUUUUGGCGUCAAAUGCGUAAGCUUUGUGUUAUGCGUUUGUUUAGCCGUAAACGGGCCGAGUCAUGGCAGUCGGUCCGUGACGAGGUAGAUUACAUUAUCCUUACUUUAGCUAAUCGGGCCGGGUCAUCUGUUAACUUAGGUGAACACGUUUUUAAUCUUACUAAGAACGUUAUAUACCGGGCCGCCUUCGGGUCGAACUCGUCCGAAGGGCAAGACGAGUUCAUUGCCAUAUUACAAGAGUUCUCCAAACUUUUUGGGGCAUUCAAUAUUGCUGAUUUUAUACCUCAUCUUACUUGGAUUGACCCAAACGGGCUGAAUAGUAGGCUGGCAAAGGCCCGAAGGGCAUUGGAUAGGUUCAUUGAUAGGAUAAUUGAUGAUCAUAUUAGUAAAAAGAAGGGUAUUAAUGGACAUGUAAAAAAACAAGAUAAUGGUGAAGAUGAUAUGGUGGAUGAUUUGUUAAACUUUUACAGUGAUGAAGCUAAGGUUAAUGAGUCUGAAGAUUUACAAAAUGCUAUCAAACUCACCAGGGAUAACAUCAAAGCUAUUAUCAUGGAUGUGAUGUUUGGUGGAACUGAGACAGUAGCAUCUGCAAUAGAAUGGGCAAUGACAGAAUUAAUGCGAAGCCCUGAUGACAUUAAACGGGUCCAACAAGAACUAGCCGAAGUCGUUGGCCUAAAUAGACAGGUCGAAGAAUCGGAUCUUGAUAAACUCCCAUUCUUUCGGUGUUGCAUGAAAGAGACCCUACGCAUGCACCCACCAAUUCCGCUUUUACUCCACGAAACAGCCGAAGAUUCAGUCAUAGGAGACUACUUCAUCCCCAAACAAUCUCGAGUUAUGAUCAAUGCAUGGGCCAUAGGUCGAGACCCAAACUCAUGGGAAGAUGCGGAUACAUUCAAACCCUCUAGAUUCCUUAAAGAGGGUGUACCCGAUUUUAAGGGUUCAAAUUUCGAGUUCAUACCAUUCGGGUCGGGUAGGAGAUCUUGCCCGGGUAUGGUACUUGGGUUAUAUGCGCUUGAGAUGUGUGUUGCUAACUUGCUCCAUUGCUUCACGUGGGACCUACCAGAUGGGUUGAAGCCUAAAGAAAUUAGUACAGAUGAUAUUUUUGGGCUGACUGCACCUAAGGCGACUCGACUAUUUGCCGUGCCGAGUCCCCGUCUAUUAUGCCCACUUACUUAAUGGAUAUGUCUGGUACAAAUUAGAUGAUUGAAUCUAGACAUGGGUAACCCGACAAUUACGUGCAAUAUUAAUAUGUAAUAUUUUUUUUAUGCGGUUCAUGAAAGCGUUUUUUUGCCCACAACGGUGCACGAAAUAAAUUGGUUUGCUUUUAUAUUGUGAGUAUACAAAAAUUAACGUUGUAUCUUGAUUGAUUUCAUUCAACUGAGAUGUGAUUGUAUAGGCUAUUAUUAGUGAGUGAAACCAUAUUAAAGCUUAAAAUUUGUACGAGUUACAAAAACUUCAAAUACAUGGUUGUUACGACUUAUUGCAUGGAAUAGAAGUGCACAAAUGUAUUACAUAUAAUAAUUAUGAAUAAGUCUUUAAAAAUUACGUACAAGAUAAUAUGUGUAGUUCUAUUGUACGUAUGAUUAUAGAUUACUUGUUCAUACACCUAAUUCCAAAAAUUUUGGAAGAUUUGAUUUGCAACAAUCAAGUUGAUCGGAAAAUC